CCAGCACAUUCACCCUGUGACCUACAGCCACAGAGAGAAAUGGAGGGGACCAGGAUAAAGAAAAGGGGAAAUAACGAGACGGAUAAGAGAGAUGAUGAAGUGGUGUGCCUUCGGAGGCAGAUCGGACUGCUGCCUGCCGUGUCCUUCAUCAUUGGGACUGUGGUGGGCAGUGGGAUUUUCAUUGCACCGAAAGGAGUCCUGAUGAACAGUGGCAGCGUGGGGUUAUCUCUGCUGGUGUGGGUGCUAUGUGGUGUCCUUUCUCUCUUUGGAGCCCUGUGUUAUGCAGAACUGGGCACCACUUUUACAAAAUCAGGGGGUCACUACACAUACCUGCUGGAGACUUUGGGGCCUCUGCCUGCCUUCCUACGACUCUGGGUUGAGUUUGUAUUCAUCAGGCCAUCUGUUGCGUCUUAUGUCUCCCUUGCCUUUGGUCGUUAUGUGGUGGAGCCAUUCUUCACACCCUGUGCUGCUCCCAUAGUGCUCAUCAGACUUGUCAGUAUCCUUGGAGUGACGUUUGUCGUAGCCGUCAAUUGCUGGAGUGUGAACAUGGCCUCUCGCACUCAAGUCACCUUGACUUUCAUUAAGAUGUUUGCCCUGGCCCUCAUCAUCGUCCCAGGGUUCAUUGCACUGGCCAAAGGGAAGACAGAAAAUUUCCAGAAUGGUUUCGAGGUUGAUUUGUUAACACUGGAUAAGUUGCCACUGGCCUUCUAUAGCGGCCUCUAUGCCUAUGGUGGAUGGUUUAAUUUGAACUUUAUCACAGAAGAAGUCACAAACCCUAAUAGAAACAUGCCACUGGCAAUAAUCUUGUCCAUUGUGGCAGUGACAGUCUUUUAUGUGCUUGUUAAUGUGGCCUACUACACCAUGAUGACUCCCGCUGAGGUGCUUCUGUCAGAUGCUGUGGCUGUGACAUUUGCCAACCGUGCUUUUCAGGGGUUGGCUCCUGUGAUCCCCGUUCUUGUUGCCAUAUCUUGCCUUGGAGCACUUAACGGUGGCUUCUUUGGGGCACCUAGGAUGCUGUUUGUGGGAGCCAGGGAAGGCCACUGGCCAGCCAUCUUUUCCAUGAUUCACAUCCGCAGACACACACCUUUACCUGCUGUGUUGUUCCUGUACCCCUUGGUAAUUUUCAUGUUAAUCACUGGAGAGAUUUACCAGCUCCUCAACUUGGCAUCCUUUUCACGCUGGUUCUUCAUCGCCUUGGUAACCUUGGGGAUGCUCAUACAUCGAUAUCGUUUUCCUCUCCACCCAAGACCUUUUAAGGUGCCCUUGGUCAUUGGAAUCACCUUCACAAUGGUCUCCUUCUUCAUUGUGGGUCUGUCUCUUUACUCUGACCCCUGGAACACAGGACAAAGUUGUGCUCUAACACUGACUGGUGUCCCAGUUUACUAUGUUACUGUCUACCGCUUUCGUUUGCCCCGUAGAUGCAGGCGCAUAUUUGACUACUGCAGCAAACAGCUACAGAUCCUUCUAGAAGUGGCUCAACAGGAAGUCCACACUUACUGAAGACCCAAGAGGCAUCCUGCAUUCUACUUGCAGACUACACGGAUACUACCUGGACAAAACAUUAAGAAGACAUUUUUAACAGUUUAAACAAAUGUUUCAUUUUGUACUACUUUUAUAUAAAGAGCCACGUGUUUAGAGAAACUAACUGCAUCAAUUAUGCAAGUAUGUAGUGUUUAUACCAGAGACCUUACAAAAAAAGUACUUAAAGUUUCAAAGAUGCACUCAAAAUGUUCAUUUUGAAAUGUUAGUUAAAAUGACAUUUUUGAACAGAAGACCUAUGAUAGUUUAAACCUUUAUUGAAAUAUAAACAGAAAUAAGCAGUCUUGCUACACAGUUUUUCAAAUAAAAUACGCUAUGUGCAAAAGGGUUCA